UUCCUUCAUCCAAAUCUUUCAAAUGAUCCAGAGAUUAAAUUCGGGUCGUCGGAUCCUAACCUACCCGGCGGUUCAUCCCUGCGAGAACAUAGCUCCGGAGACGCUUCUGAUCUCACUCAUCGCUCUCAGCCACAACAUCUGCUCCUACAAAUCGAAAUUCAAUGCCAGCAACAAGCGCAACGCACUGGAAGCGAUCCGCCAGAUCGGAGUGGUUCGGGUUUUCCUCGAAGAAAUCCGGGACGGGUCGUCGGGUCUUCCGGACUCGACCAUUUUGAGCUUCUCGGAGCUCCAUUUGGCUCUCCAGAAGUUCCAGUACUUGCUGGAGGACUGUACCCGGGACGACGCCAGGGUAUGGAUGCUGAUGAACUCGGAGCGGGUCGCGGAUCAGUUCCGGGUCUUGAUUCGGGCCAUAUCGACGGCUCUCGAUGUCCUGCCUCUGGAUAACAUCCACGUGGCGGAUGAGGCGAAGGAGCAGGUCGGAUUGGUGAUGAGACAAACAAGGAGUUUCAGGUUUGAAGUGGACCGGGACGACAAACGAGCGGUGGAGGUUAUUAAGAGCGUUUUGGUCGGGUUCGAGAAGCGGGUCGACCCGGAUAGGAGUGAGCUGAAGCGGGUGCUGGAUCACGUUGGCUAUAGAAGAUGGAGCAGGUGCGAGAAGGAGGUGAGAUUUCUGGAAUCUGAAAUAGGGUUUGAGAAUGUUAGAGAGGGAAAGAGAGAGGUGAGAAUGCUGAGCAGCCUGACCGGGUUGCUGUGCUAUUGCCGGUGUGUGAUGUUCGAGACUGUGGACGGGUUACCCGGAUUGCGACCCGAGUCCAAAAGCAGCAGCGCGGUUGUGAGUUUUUUGAAUGUGGAGGAUUUCCGGUGCCCGAUAUCGCUGGAGAUAAUGACGGAUCCGGUGACGGUGGGGACGGGUCAUACCUACGAUCGGAGCUCCAUUAUGAAGUGGUUCAGAGCUGGGAAGCCCAUUUGUCCGAAAACAGGGGAGAGGCUGAAGAGCAUGGGGGUGGUGCCUAAUUUGGCUCUGAAGAGGUUGAUACAGCAGUACUGCUCUGAGAAUGGGAUAUCAUUUGGUGAUUCCGGUCGUCGUCGGAGUCGCGACAUUGGGAGGACUAUAGUUGCAGGCAGCUUGGGAGCUGAGGAGGCGAUGAAAAUGGCGGCGGGAUUUCUCAGUGAGAGAGCUGCUGGUGGGACAGUGGGAGAGAGGAACAAGGCUGCUUAUGAGAUUCGGCUUGUUUCGAAAACGAGCAUUUUUAAUAGGUCUUGUUUGGUGGAAGCUGGUGUGGUGCCGCAUUUGUUGAAGCUGUUGGAAGAUAUGGAGAGUCAAGAGAAUGCAGUUGCAGGGUUGUUGAAUCUGUCGAAGCAUUCGAAAGGGAAAGCUGCGAUUGUCGAAAGUGGGGGUGUGGAUUUGGUUGUGGGUGUUUUGAAGGAGGGUCUCAAAGUAGAGGCUUGCCAGCAUGCUGCUGGGACGUUGUUUUAUCUUGCUUCGGUUGAGGAGUACCGGAUAUUGAUCGGAGAAAACCCGAGGGCCAUACCGGCAUUGAGGGAGCUGAUCAGGAACGGUUCUGACCGUGGCAAGAAGAAUGCAUUGGUUGCUAUUUUCGGGCUGCUCACACACCCUGCAAAUCAUAGAAGGGUGCUAGCAGCUGGGGUGGUUCCUUUGCUGUUUGAGAUACUAGCAUCUUUCGACAGUGAAGUUCUAGUGACAGAUUCACUAGCGAUUCUCGCAACUCUGGCUGAGAAACCCGAGGGAGCUGUUGCAAUUUCGCGUUGCAAGGCACUGGAUUUGAUUGUGGGGAUUCUGAAUUCUUCGACUUCAAGGGCUGCAAAGGAGUUCUGCGUGUCUUUGUUGCUUGCGCUUACUGCAAAUGGUGGCCACAAUGUGGUUGCUCUUCUAGUUAAGAGCCCUUCUCUUAUGGGAUGUUUGUAUUCCCAACUUAGUGAAGGCACAUCUAGAGCAAGCAAAAGGGCCAGUGCUCUGAUCAAGGCCCUCCAUGAAUUUCAGGAAACAAGAUCUUCUGGUCCAGUCAACCGGGUUCUUCCACAGGAGCGCUUUGUUCACGUUAGGUAGCCCAACAUUUUUAUGGGUGUACUUGACACAUUGAUUCUUUGCAGGCCUGUAAAUUCAGGUCAUUGUAGAUAUGCAUAUAGUGUGUUUGAUUCAUUAUUGGCUCGGUUUUUUUUAAGAGCUAAUAAC